AGGCUUGGGGCUCCCUCCGCUGGCGAGCGGCGUGGGGGCGGGCCGGCCUUCCCGCCCGCACAUGCGCCCCCGCUCGGGCGCUCCUCCUGCCGUUAGGAGACGUCCUUGAGCGAAGGGUGAAAGCAGUCGCCCUUCCUCUUCCUCCUCUGUCGUUGGCUCUUGCCACGCCCCCUCGGGCCUACCUCCCUGUGCGGGAGGGGGAAGGGCGGGCGGCGGCAGGGAGCAGGUCAUUGUUUAUAAUGUAGCUGCAUCUGAAGAAAUUGAAAGUGGCUUUGUGUCAUGCUGACUAACAGCAUAGGGCAUCAUUUAAUGGUACGUCAAGCAAUGAUUCCAAGAAACCUGAAGCCGUUGCCCUACAUUUGUGGCAGCAGAAUGUUGUCGGGUUACAAACCAAAAAGGAAUGUCAAGGACUCUUACAAAAUUCUGGAGCUUGAGGAAGGUUGUUCCCUUGAUGAUAUCAGAAACUCGUAUCGAAGUCUUGCCAAAAAAUACCAUCCAGACAGCGGUUCUGCCACAGCUGAUUCCGAAGCAUUUAUGAAAGUAGAAGAAGCAUACAGGGUCGUGCUGAGCGAUGUGACGACCAAAAAGAAAUCAAAUGAGAACAAUGAGGAGGAGGAAGACCAGUUCAAACCAAAAGCACCGCAGCAUAGACACUACUUGAGUUUUGAAGGCGUUGGUUUUGGGACCCCAAGCCAAAGAGAAAAGCAGUACAUGCAGUUCCGAGUAGACCGUGCUACUGAGCAAGUGUUGGAGUACCGGAAGCAGAGACUUGAAAGCCAGUAUGCUGGGACUGACCUAAUGAAAGCCAAAGAUGUGAGGGAGAGCAAAAAGGUGAAAAUAACGCAGGCGGUCGAACGGUUGGUUGAGGACCUCAUCCAAGAGUCGAUGGCGAAAGGAGACUUUGACAACCUCAGUGGCAAAGGAAAACCUUUGCAGAAAUUUUCUGACUGUCCACAUAUCGACCCCAUGACUCACAACUUGAACAGGAUUCUGAUAGACAAUGGGUACCAGCCAGAGUGGAUCCUGUUGCAGAAAGAAAUACGGGAAACCAUUGAGCGGUUACGGAAGAAUAUAGUGGCAUCUAGAAGUCAGCUUGGAGGGCCAAUGACACCGUACAGGCAAAAGCAAUGGAAUCGUAUUUGUGAGCAAUUUAUAGAAGAUAUCAGGAAACUAAACAAAAGAAUCGACAACUUCAAUUUAGUCGUUCCUAUUCUGAGCAGACAAAUGGUGCACUUCAGUGCAGACAAAGAAAUUGUUCGAGCACAAAAGACUUACGAAGCACUGAUGGAAAACAGAGAGGCUUCUAAUUCAGACACAAAGGAAAAUGAAGUGGAAAAUGUUAAAAGGUUUGGGUGGAAGUCUUCUCUAUUUAAGUGGUUAAACCUACAUUGAAAUAAGAUAAUACUAAUUCAUCUGUCUCGUCAAAAUUUUGAAUGCACUUUAUUAAUGAAACUUGUAGCACUAGAGAAAUUUCAGGUACACUGAAGAUGUAAAAUCCAGCUGUCCACUGUUACACCAGUUAAAAGGAAUUGGGUUGUCUGAUGUGCAUUUGCAAGUGCUUAAUUGAUUUAUUUGUAAAUGUUGUUAAGAAACAAAUAAAUUCAGUUAUCCUCUUGCAGUUCAUUUUACUGCUGCUUAAAAUUAACACUUCACUUUAGCGUAGAGUUUAAUCACUUAGAGUCUGUUAUCAAAAGGUGAAACUGAGGCAUAAGAAAAACAUGUUAAGGACAAAGUGGAAGUAAAAGUCUCGCUGUGCCCUGUUAGUUCGACCUUUAUCCUUUCUUAUUUAAAUGCUUACAGCUCAUAAACUGUUUCAUGCUUUUUUUUAAAAGUGCAUUCAUCUCUUCAAGGUUAAAUUAAAUGGGAAUGAAGGGAGGGUUCUGGAUGUCUGGACUUGGACUGUACAUUCUGCAGAAGAUUCGUUUUUGGAUCUGGCUUUUAACACACAAGGUCUCAGAAAGCACCUCAGCAAAUAAGGAAGACUGGCCAAAACUGUACCCCAGUCACAGGGCUUUUGGAGGCAAGAGGAGAAUGGAAUAUUAAUUUUCAAAAGUAAUUGCACCAUUUAAAUAUCUUAGAAUAUUGGCAUUAAAGAGCUCAUUGUGAAAUACUGCUGUACUAUUAAAGUUUCUGUGCAAUGGCUUGGAAAAAUCUCCAUGAUGCCAGGGAUUUAUUUAUCUUCAGUAACCCCUCAGCUCCCCACACAAUUUGAUUUUCCUGGGGGACUUUGCCUUUGAAAAGGUGCCACUGGAUAUAUCCGUUUCUGUGCGGACCCCCUUCCUCACUGAUGCCCCCGUGACUCCGACUGUCACUGUCUCUGCAUGUGCAGGAGUUGUGCUGUGCCCUGCCGGUCUGUGGGAAGGUGUCCCGCAGGCUCUGGUGUGCCACGGAAGGGGGAUUUCCACUCUUCAGGAGUUUCAGAAAUGGAAGCUAGAUAGAUGAUGGUGGCAACCACCGUCCUUUGGCAGAUGACCCAGCAGCAGCAGAGGCUGGGUUUAUGGGUUUACUUUUUGGGGAGAUAAUGCUGCAUGUGCUCCUUUUGAUCUCCGUGCUCUUGCUCAGAUAGAUAAAGUCUUGGCGUGCAGGCAGAACAUUAUUUAUGUUUGUUGGCAGAAUGGGUUAAUUGAAGUAUCAUUUGUCAGAGGGUAUUGUAUAAUCUAGUAAUAUAGUUGAAUAUAAUUUAUGUAUUGAUAAAUGCUAUGGGUUUUACCUGUCACUGAGCUUUCAAGCCUCUGUGAAAUGGCAAAUAAGUAAUAAUGGCAAGGUGUUUGUCAUGUUUUAGAGAAUAGAGUUAAUCUUGGCUUCCUUUUUGUAGGAAUUAAGGUGGUAAAAGUGAAGAGAAUGGCGUUAUGUGCAGGCUGAUCUGUUGCCCCUAGGUCAAGCCACUGGGGUGCUUGUGCUGUGCCCUGCCCUGGUGUUAGCUGAAAGGAUUAGAUCGUGGCUAUUAGUUCCUUUCUGCCGAGAUUCAGUUAGGAGGCAGAGGUAUAUUACUGGUGCAUCGGUCAGUUGGGGCAGCCAGUAAUUAAUGUCAUCUUCAGCGGCUCCCCAAGUUUGCAAAGAUGGUAAGAUAUAAUGGGUGCCUUGCAGACACAGGAGUUAAGUCCUCAAUAGUGGUGAAGCGGGAACAAAAUGUGUGUGUGGUCUUGAUCUGCCAUAUAAGAAGCCCCCAUCUAAAUGCCUGGGGAGAAAAAUCAGGUUCCAUGGCAGUCCUCUGUGUCUGGGGUCUCAGUAAGAGCUCAAAUUGCUGUCCUUUCCUUUGAUAUGAUUAAUUGAGAUCAUGGCGUUAGACCAGGCAAUACCAGAAGACUUUGGCCUCAUAAGCUUUUCACUUGUUUUAGCAGCUGCGUGUAUGAAUGUCUGUUUAUUUCAAUAACUUAUCUAUGCAUUCUUGCUUUUAAUGACAACUGUAAAUUAAGCAUACUUUUAUGGAAGUCCUUUGACUGACAUAGUGCUCUUAAAAAGAUCAGAUUUUGAUUCUCAUUAUGAUCUACAGGAAUUGGAUCUGCAUUGCUGCUUAAACUAAUCCAGCGACAGAUUUAAAAAGAACUAAUUGCAAAUCAAAUUCAUUGCACAAGAGUAAAUAGAAACCAGAUUGCAGUAAAUCCAGCUUUGAUGGAAUCCACUUUGGCUCACAAUGAAGAUAAGUAUCAGCAGUUUAAAUGUUUAAAGUUGCAGUAAUGGAUGAGUCAUCAUAGCGAGUGAUUUUUAUGUUCCUUUUAAAACUCAUUGGUUUUAAAUGGAGUAGAUGUGACUUGACACUCAGCACUUUAAAUCAGCCGUAUACUGUUGUCAUGAAAAAUUGCCAGGCACAAAAACCCACUUCUUCAACAACUACAGCAACGAUGAUGAAAAAAAUAAUUUAAAUUUUUAUUUCCCCCAGGUGUGUGGAGGAGUAUAUUUUUGCAAGGCUGGUCUAUUUUUUUUGUUGCUCUGAGCUCACAAAAUCUUAAGAGCAGUAUUUAGUCAGUACUUCUAGAACAAGUAAUACCAAGUACUGCAUACGAAUUGAAAGAACCCAGAAGAGAAUAGCCUUCAGAAGUAAUUUUUCUGUCUGACACUAGACUGUUAAUUUGAAUUUGAUGGCUGUUACCUUAUUGCUGACCUCAAAAGGAUGAAAUCAUUGCUGAUUCCAGAUACAAAUACAUGUUGCUUAUUCCCAGAAGUCCCUGUGUUUUGGUCUAAUUACUCUGUGGCUUGUGGCUUGUAAGGCUUAUCUAGA